UAGCUGUAAGUUAUCGAUUUUUGUUCGAGGUCUCGCAGAAAACUGAACAGAGCAGCACUUAUGUUGAAUUUGUUCACUCUUCUUCGUCUGCCUUGGGUUUCACAUGGUUGGAACAUGUGGAUGAAGUCUUGCGCUCUGCUCGUUUAUCUGGCUAUUGUAUAUCUGAAGUCGUUGGGCAGCUCUCCCGAGUCUCGGGUGAACCACCUCCAUUAGACAAUGCAGAAGUAGAAGACUGGCUUCCUCGGUUUGUCGUCCUUCAAGCCGCUUGUCUUUUCUUCUAUUUAUUAUCAGCAGAUUUGAGCCCUCAAGAUUCAAUAUUGCUAGCGGAUAUUGUUGAAGUUGGUUCGUUACCAAGCUACACACAAGAGAGUUCGAUAGUUCGAUGAAAGCCAUCAUUGCUUUUAUAUCUUAACCCGUCAAGGUCUACGAUUCCAGUGCUCAAGCGCUUCUAAAUCACAGGGCAAUGAAUCUUGUUGCAAAAAAAGAAGUGUAUACAAAUGGCAAUAAAUCCUGCUCCAAUUAAACCAUAAACCGGUUCGACCAGAUCCGAUUUGAUCGAACCUUGUUGCCUCGUACACUCAAGAGAUGAGCUCCCAAAUCUGCAGAUCAGCUACUAGGGCAGCAAGGUCUCUUCUUUCUUCAUCUAAGAACACUCAUUUCUUCUCCGAAGGCAGGGCCAUUGGUGCAGCAACAUUGGUCUAUGCGUCUGGAAAAGUCCCUCAGUAUGCGUCCAACUUUCGACAAUCGGGUUCCACCUUUGCCUCUAAGAGCUGGAUCACCGGUCUCCUCGCUCUUCCUACCGCAGCCUUCAUGCUCCAAGAUCAGGAAGUCCAUGCUGCUGAGAUGGAACGCACUUUCAUCGCUAUCAAACCUGAUGGAGUGCAGCGAGGACUGAUAUCAGAAAUCAUUACCCGGUUUGAACGCAAAGGAUUCAAGCUUGUUGGUCUCAAAAUCAUGGUUCCUUCAAAGGGCUUCGCGCAGCAACAUUACCACGGUGCAAAGGAAAGACCUUUCUUCAACGGCUUGUGCGACUUCAUUAGCUCAGGCCCUGUUGUUGCCAUGGUCUGGGAAGGCGAAGGAGUGAUUAGAUAUGGACGUAAACUGAUUGGAGCCACUGAUCCUAAAAAAUCUGAACCUGGAACCAUCCGAGGUGAUCUUGCUGUUGUUGUUGCAAGGAACAUAAUCCAUGGAAGUGACGGACCAGAGACAGCUAAAGACGAGAUUAGUCUGUGGUUUAAGCCUGAAGAACUCGUUUCUUACACCAACAAUGCUGAGAAGUGGAUCUACGGCCAGAACUAAAACUAGUCUCACCUCCCUCUCUCUUUUUGAGCCGUUAGAUAAAACAAAAAAAAACAAAAAUGUCAUCAGAAAUAAAUAAUUUUACUGUCUGUUAAUCAUCUGUAAAACAAUAAAAGCGAUAAUCACCCGUUUUACUGCGUUAAAUGGUGUUCGUUUAUGAACCAAUAAUAUAAUGCCACGUGGAG